GGGGAACAGCGAGGGAGCGGAUGUGACUCAUGCACGUUACAUGGGAACUGUGGGUAGGCAUUUAGUUUAGCGGAUACUCUGCAGUGAGAGGACAGCAGAGCUACUGCGCAGUGCUGGGCAAUGCCGGACUGGCGCUCCAGAUGCCGGUGGCCGUAGGACCAUAUGGGCAGUCGCAACCCAAUUGCUUUGACAGGGUGAAGAUGGGCUUCAUGAUGGGAUUUGCUGUGGGCAUGGCAGCUGGCGCUCUGUUUGGCACCUUCUCCUGUCUACGAUUUGGAAUGAGGGGAAGGGAGCUAAUGGGCGGAGUUGGAAAGACCAUGAUGCAAAGUGGCGGAACCUUCGGAACGUUUAUGGCCAUUGGGAUGGGAAUUCGAUGUUGAUCUAUCUUUUUUUUUUGUAUUUUUUUUUGUCUGUUCAUUAAUGAUCUACACAAUGAAGCUAUGAAUUUAUUCACUUUG